CCGUACGUCGAUCCGCGAGAAGGGAAUGGCGCCGGCGGUGAAGGUGUACGGGUGGGCGAUGUCGCCGUUCGUGGCCCGCCCGCUGCUGUGUCUGGAGGAGGCAGGCGUCGACUACGAGCUCGUCCCCAUGAGCCGCGAGGCCGGCGACCACCGCCAGCCGGACUUCCUCGCCAGGAACCCCUUCGGCCAGGUGCCGGUUCUCGAGGACGGCGACCUCACUAUCUUCGAAUCGCGCGCGAUCGCCAGGCACGUGCUUCGCAAGUACAAGCCGGAGUUGCUGGUAGGCGACGGCUCGCCGGAGUCGGCGGCCGCGGUGGACGUGUGGCUGGAGGUGGAGGCCCACCAGCACCACCCGGUGUUGGUGGCCAUCACGAUGCAGUGCCUCGUCGCCCCGCUCCUCGGCAACGCGACGGACCAGGACGUCCUCGACGAGAACCUCGGGAAGCUGAGGAAGGUGCUGGAGGAGUACGAGGCGCGGCUGUCGGCGUCCAAGUACCUCGCCGGGCAGUCCGUCAGCCUCGCCGACCUCAGCCACUUCCCGAUGAUGCGCUACUUCAUGGAGACCGAGUUCGCGGCGCUGGUAGAGGAGCACCCCCAUGUCAAGGCGUGGUGGGAGGAGCUCAAGGCGAGGCCGGCGGCCAGGAGGGUGACGGAGUUCAUGCCGCCCGACUUUGGGCUUGGAAAGAAGGCAGAGCAGGGAUGACUGAUGACAACAACACCGGCGGACUGCCCUGCAGGCGAUGGUGACCCGCAUAUUUUAUACGGUCUGUGCAGCUAUGGCUCAAUGUAUUGUUUCUUUGGAGGUAUGGCACAAUGCUUUUGGUUGCUUUUGUCUCGCGCAUGAAUAAAUGUAGAAGGAAUAAACAGAGAUUGAUGGAAUUAAUGAUGUCC